AGACAUGAUGUCCAUUGGGCAGCUGUUGCUGCUGUUGGUGUGUUUCAGUGGGCAGUUUGGCCCAGUCCAUGGCGCUGGCAGCAUGCGGUACCGCUACCAGCGGAGGAACUGCUUCUCUUGCGUCCACGGAUACAGCGGGUACAGCCUGGAAUACCUGGCUCCAGAUGUCGACGAGUGUCAGGUCCACAACGGCGGCUGCCAGCACCGCUGUGUGAACACGGCCGGAUCCUACUACUGCGAGUGCAACCCGGGGACCCGCCUGCACACGGAUGCACGCACCUGCAUCGCCGUCCACUCCUGCGUGGUGGGCAAUGGAGGCUGUGAGCACCACUGCGUCCAGCUGAGUCCUGCCCACUUCCAGUGCCGCUGCAGACACGGACACCAGCUGGCGGAGGACGGCAAACACUGCAGGCCACGGAGCUCCUGUGCCAGCGGUAAUGGUGGCUGCGAUCACAUAUGCCGGAAUGACGGAGGGCGUGUGCGCUGUGAGUGCCGACCCGGCUACAGGUUGGCGGCCGGGGCCAGGAGGUGCGAAGACUUGGAUGAAUGCCGAACGGGUCAGGCGGCAUGUGUUCAUGGCUGCCGCAACACUCCAGGCUCCUACGUCUGUGUCUGCCACCCUGGGUACGAGCUGGGCACAGAUAGCAGGCAAUGCUACCGCAUUGAGAUGGAAAUUGUUGACAGCUGCGAGUCUGGAAACGGCGGCUGUUCGCAGCGCUGCCAGCACUCCACCGCCGGACCUGUUUGUAGCUGUGACCAUGGAUACCACCUGGACGGCGACCUCAAAACCUGUGUUGACCUAGAUGAGUGUGGGGAGAGCAGCUGCUGCGAGCAGGACUGUACCAACUACCCCGGGGGGUACGAGUGCCACUGCCGGGCAGGGUACCGUCUCAACUCCGACGGUUGUGGCUGUGAUGACGUGGACGAGUGUCUCUCGGACAACGGGGGAUGCGAGCACACCUGCCGCAACUCCGCGGGGUCCUACCGGUGUCACUGCCACCGGGGGUACCGCCUCGUGGAGGACCGCCACAGCUGCAUCCCGCUGGGCUCUACCGUUGAGGAGCUGUCCCACCGUGUGGUCGUGGAGCAGUGGCCGCCCCAAAUCACCCUGCUUCAAGAGCCUGGGCCAUCGCAGCUGGACCUGGAGCGCUACGACGACUACGAGGAGGGUCUGGGGGAGCUCCGGGCUGAGAGUAUCCUCUCUGAAGCAUUUGUGUGCCUGAACCAGACCUUCGGCCAUGACUGCAGCCUGACAUGUGAGGACUGCGUCAACGGUGGCGUGUGCAAUGCCGAGGGCGACGGAUGCGAGUGUCCCGACGGCUGGACUGGCAUCGUGUGCAAUCAGACCUGCCCAGAUGGCACCUUUGGAAAGAACUGCUCCUUCAACUGUAAGUGCAGGAAUGGGGGCACAUGUGACCCGGUGAGCGGCUCAUGUCGCUGCCCACCCGGGGUCAGUGGAGAUUUUUGCCAAGACGGGUGUCCAAAGGGCUUUUUUGGGAAGCACUGCAAUAAGAAGUGUAACUGCGCCAAUAAUGGGCGGUGCCACCGCACCUAUGGAGCAUGCCUCUGCGAUCCGGGGCUUUACGGGAGGUUCUGCCACCUCCCAUGUCCCAAAUGGACCUUUGGGCCAGGCUGUUCUGAGGAGUGCCAGUGCGUUCAGCAGAACACCCUGGAGUGCCACCGUCGCCAUGGGAACUGCAUUUGCAAGUCUGGUUACCAGGGGAAGACAUGUGGAGAGAGGUGCAACGCUGGCUUCUAUGGCCUGGGGUGCAAGAGCAAGUGUGAGUGUUCCCUCGGUGUGUCCUGUGAUCAUGUGACGGGGGUCUGUCUGCGCCUGUGCCCAGCUGGUCUCCAGGGGCCUGACUGUGACCAAGACUGCAUCGAGGGCACUUACGGGACAGGGUGCGCUCAGUCCUGCCAGUGUUCUGGGGCGCCGUGUGACCCGGUGACCGGGAGCUGCCACUGCCCCGCAGGGUUUACAGGAGACCGCUGUGAAAAAGAGUGUGAGGAUGGGCGCUGGGGACCAGGCUGUAGGGGACUCUGUCCAGUGUGUGAGAACCAUGGUGUCUGCAACAAGAGCGAUGGUACCUGCCACUGCCAGCCAGGGUACCUGGGCACACUUUGCCAGAGUGCAUGCCCACUGGGGCGUUUCGGCCUGGGUUGCCAACUGCGCUGCACAUGCGAGAAUGGCGGACGCUGCCAUCAUGUUACCGGGCGCUGCACGUGUGGCCCCGGUUGGACGGGACCCCAUUGCAGGACAGCCUGUGAUGCUGGUCGCUGGGGGCCGGACUGUACCAAGCGGUGCGACUGCAGGACCAGCGACGGCAGCUGCGAUCCAGUGACCGGGAGGUGCAGCUGCGAGGCAGGAUUCACGGGAUCACGCUGUGAACAGAAAUGCACCCCGGGGCUGUUUGGAGUGGACUGCCGGCAUCGCUGCCAGUGUGACAACGGGGCGGUGUGUGACCAUGUGAGUGGCGCCUGCACCUGUGGUGCAGGCUGGACUGGCACUUACUGUGAGAAAGCCUGCCCUGAUGGAUUCUAUGGGUUGGAUUGUCAGUGGAAGUGCGAAUGCCAGAACGGGGGCAGGUGCGACCAUCGCACUGGGGUGUGUCACUGCCCCGCCGGCUGGGUGGGCUCACACUGUGACCUUGCAUGUUCACCUGGUUACUAUGGUGAUGGCUGCAACUCCACCUGCGACUGCUACAAUAAUGCCAGCUGUGAACCAAUCAGCGGGCGGUGCCACUGUUCACCUGGGUGGACCGGGCCAAGCUGUCAGCAAGAAUGCUCGGCUGGUUUCCACGGGGCAAACUGCCACCAGCGAUGUCUGUGCCAGAAUGGGGCGGCUUGCGACAGGGUCACUGGGCGAUGCUCCUGCCCCAGCGGAUGGACUGGAGUGGCCUGCGAGCUAGAGUGCGCCGAGGGCCGGUUUGGACCCAACUGCCAGAAUCGGUGUCGGUGUGAGAAUGGCGGUCAGUGUGACCGCAGGACCGGCCAGUGCACCUGUCGACCAGGCUGGGUUGGAGAUCGUUGUCAGACCGCGUGUGCGGUGGGCUUCUAUGGCCCGGGCUGUAUGGAACGGUGUAGGUGUGAACACAGCGCCCCCUGCCAUCACGUCACUGGGACCUGCCGCUGCCCUCCGGGCUGGAGGGGGUCUGUCUGUGAGAAAGCAUGUUUGCCUGGGACGUACGGGGACGGCUGCGAGCAACGCUGCUCCUGUCCCCACGACACCUCCUGCCACCACGUGUCCGGGGAGUGCGGCUGCCCUCCUGGCUUCACUGGCAACGGCUGCGAGCAGACCUGUCUGCCUGGUACGUAUGGCCUGAACUGCAACCAGGUGUGCCAGUGCUCCGAGGCCAACCAACUGUGCCACCCCGUCACCGGACUGUGCUACUGUGCGCCUGGUUACCACGGUGACCACUGUAAACAAGGGUGCGGGGAGGGGCUGUAUGGGCCAAACUGCGAGCGCCAGUGCCAGUGCCUGAACCAGGGUGCGUGUCAGUCCACCACGGGCACCUGCACGUGCCCUCCGGGGUACAUAGGGGCGGACUGCAGCAUCGCAUGCCCAACAGGAUGGUACGGAUCCGACUGUUCCCAGGUGGCGCUGUGCGGAGAGCGAGCGAGGAGUGACCCGGUGACGGGCCGGUGUGUGUGCGCUGCUGGGCGGAGGGGAGCGGCCUGUGAUCAAGUGUGUGCGCAGGGCUGGUUUGGAGAGGACUGCGCUCAGGUCUGCAACUGUAGUAACAGGGGUGUGUGUGAUCCUGUCUCGGGGACAUGUACCUGUGCUCUGGGCUGGACUGGACGCACCUGUGACACAAAAUGUCCAGCAGGACGAUAUGGUGCCGACUGUCAGCAGCUUUGCGAGUGUCACAAGAACGGCACCUGUGACAGGGUGACGGGCACCUGUCAGUGUCCUCCUGGUUGCUAUGGAAACCUCUGCGAACACGAGUGCCCCCCUGGAUUCCACGGUCUUCAGUGCCAGCUGCCCUGCCACUGCCGGAAUGGCGCCCCCUGUCACCCAGUCACCGGCCGCUGUGUCUGUCCCCCCGGGUACCACGGCUCCCGCUGUGACCAAGAGUGUGAUCAGGGGCGGUUCGGGUCAAACUGUGCCAAUGUGUGUGAUUGUGAUGGCAUGACCCCAUGUGACCCUGUGAGUGGCCGCUGCCUGUGCCCCCCAGGGAGGACAGGACCCCGGUGUGACCAAGACUGUGCAGCAAACCAGUACGGGCCCGACUGCGCGCACACCUGCGAGUGUGGGAACGGGGCGCACUGUAACCCCCGUAAUGGUCAGUGCACCUGUCUGCAUGGCUGGAUAGGACGCACCUGUAUGGAAGGUGGACCCCUGAGACCUCCUUACCAGGACCAUACAACCGCUAGGAGGCACCAGCCGGAGGAAUAUGCUCGUGUAUAGCGCCACCCUGGUGGCCAGCACAGUCUAGCACCUCAGUCACUCCCCCAUCCACAACCUGGUGUGCUGAAGUGAAGGGUGAAGGAAAAUGUUGAAUUGCCCUGUCAAACAUGGGACUUUACUGUGCCGCCGUCAGGUUCUUUGGAUACAAAAUGCAGUGGAGGGCAUAGGAACUGGACUCUCGCGUUCCCAGUUUUCAUUAAAAAUGUGUUUUGAAGCGAUAAGAUGAUUGACUGAUAAAACACACUGGUUCCUGAGAACCAAGGACUUUUAUCCACAGAAUUUCUGAUAAUUAAGGGAUUAUUUUAUACGCAGUACAUUGAUAGAGGACUAUGACUGUGAUUUAUUUAUCCGUGUGAAAUGUACAACACGCUCAACUUAGAAUUGCUUCUAAAAUCCCAAAGACAUCUCUGUUUUGCUGAGAAAAGGCAUAACCUGCUGGGAAUACAGUAAGUAAACAGGAAACCUUAUAAUAAGGGUUAUUUACAUACAGUUUUUAUAAGGGAUUUUUUGGUGUUCAAUUUAUAUUGAAAGUUGCACAUUUUUCAGUUGUCGUAAAUGUAGUUUGUCUUUUAUAUCUGGAUUCUAUGCUUAAUUAGUUUUUUAUUCUGCAAGAUAUAGUUAACCUGCACCUACAAAUCACAGCUUUAUUUAGCUGAUGUCUUAUGCCCUAAUGCAGGAGUUGGCAGUGCAUGCACACACACACACAAACACACAGAUUUUUUUUUAAAAAAAAAAAAACUAAUUUCAAUUGUUAAAUUAAUUGGAAAAUGCUCUGGGUCCUCAUAUUGCAAACAUCUUGAGUUGCGGACUUUCAAAGAGAAGAAUAUGUGUAUAAAGUCACCUUAAUGAAUAAGAUGUGUGGGCUGAU